CCCGUCUGUCCCUGCCCUGGCGGCCACAUGUCCUGCCUCUGUGGCUGGGCUGGGGACAAGCAUAUGGGCUCCAGGUACAGGGCUGCCUAAGUCAAGGGUUUCAGGUCUCACUGGUGAAUCAUUUUGCAAGCAGAUGUCAUAGGUCUCCUCGUAGACUGGACAGCACACAAGGUCAGCGUCAGCAGAUCUGACCCUAAAAAUAGGCCGUCUGUUGCCAGUCAGGGUGGUUGGGUGUGCAGCAGCCACAUGCCCCACGGACCAGCACCUCCUGAGCCAGCCAGGCCCCGGCACACCCAGGCUUCUGAAGUCCUGCUGAUGUGUGCAUGGACCAAACCCAGGCCAGGAUAGCUGCAGAAGGGAGAGACAAUCCCUUGGCUCUAAAAUGAAAUCCAGAGAAGUGAAGACAAGCCUCAAGAAUGCCUACUCAUCUGUCAAGAGGCCGUCAUUGAAGGUGGAGGAGGAAGGCGACAAGGAGGACUACUGCACCCCCGGAGCUUUCGAGCUGGAGCGGCUCUUCUGGAAGGGCAGUCCCCAGUACACCCACGUCAGUGAGGUCUGGCCCAAGCUCUACAUCGGUGAUGAGGCAACGGCGCUGGACCGCUACGGGCUGCAGAAGGCUGGUUUCACGCACGUGCUGAAUGCGGCCCACGGCCGCUGGAACGUGGACACCGGGCCCGACUACUACCACGACAUGGACAUCCAGUACCACGGUGUGGAGGCCGAAGACCUGCCCACCUUCGACCUCAGUGUCUUCUUCUACCCGGCGGCCGCCUUCAUCGACAGAGCGCUGCGAGACGACCACAGUAAGAUCCUGGUUCACUGUGUCAUGGGCCGCAGCCGGUCAGCCACCCUGGUCCUGGCCUACCUGAUGAUCCACAAGGACAUGACCCUGGUGGAUGCCAUCCAGCAAGUGGCCAAGAACCGCUGCGUCCUCCCCAACCGGGGCUUUCUGAAGCAGCUCCGGGAACUGGACAAGCAGCUGGUGCAGCAGAGGCGACAGGACCAGCGCCAGGACAGUGAGAAGGCCGACAGCAGGGAGCUGUAGGGCCCGCCUCACUGGGCCAGCAGAGACACUUGGGGACACAGAGGAGAGGCGGAACUCUGGCCUAGGACUCCAGGGAAGGAACAGUGAAACCGAAGCUCGAUUUCUUCCAAACCAUCUUGUUCAACUUCCUUAUGUGUGCUGGGGAUGGGGGGACCCAGAGCCACCCCCGGGGAAAGCCAAGCGCUCAGCCUCUCCGCAAAAAUGGGAGGGACGGGCUCCCUGGCUCUGGGUCACAGAGGAGCACAUGAUGCAGUCUCCUGCAUUGUUUUUGUUUUUUUGGUGAGAUGGAAGAGGGAAAGGAUUUUAAAAUGUGUAGGCAUUAUGCUGUGAUUAAAUGUUUGGCUUUGUCUGAAA